AUGCGGUGCGCGAACAAGGCCACUGAGAGCGCGUCUGCACGUCUCUGCGCUGGUCAUGAAGACACUCGUGUCUUCACAGAGUAUGAGCUCGGUGUCUCAUACUCUCCUGAUACGGAAGAGGGAUCUGUAUCGAAGGCGGUUGAAUCUAAGCCGCCUGCCAAGCGUGGCAUGGAUGAUGCUACGCGUCGUAGCAUCUUUGGUUCAUCUGACGAAUCAGAUGAACCAUCGCCAAAGCGAAGGCGCUCGAGAUCGCAAGACUCGGGCGCUCACAGCGGUGUCGGUUCUCCUAUUGACACCACUUCGCAGCGAGGUACCAGUACUUCUGUCGGCACGUCGCAAGAAGAGCGGGACCGCAACGUGUUGCGUCUCGCUCCCGAAGAGAAGGCAUGGCUGCCUCCAAAGUCAAUCAUGGAUCGCUUGUCGGCGACGACAAGUGAUCGCCAUCGAUUGCGAUUAUUCGAUUCGUCAAGGAUCCAUCACCUUGACCCCAGUACGAAAAACUAUCCCGCUGAACAUGAAUUCUUCAUCGAUGCUUUCUUUAAGCAUCAAUGGUACAGUGGGAAUCACAAACGUGAUGGUCCCUCACUUCUUCAAGCGUGGAGCGCUUACAUCCACAACUUUAAGGAUGUAGGUCGUGACGUUUAG